CUACAAAUUAAAGCAACAAAGAAGAACUUUAGGAUGGGUAAAAGUUUCUCCAGUGCAUCUUCAAGCAGGAAAUCUGAGAUUCAGAACAACUUAUAUUUUGGCUGGUAAUCCUUGAUCAUGGGGUGAUCCAGAAAUAAACUACAGGCUUCAAAGUGAGAGCAUUUCAAAGCUGCCCUGCAGUAGAUCGGCGCACCCAAGGAAAGGCAAGAGAUGAAUACUAAAGGGGAUUUUCUGUACUGAGACUUACCCAAGGAGAGAACUCUUUGCAGCAUUAUUGUUUUGUUUCAGAAACCAUCAGGCAGGCAGAAGAUGGCUACAAAGAUUACGGCCACAACAAACACCCAAAGAGAAACAAUAGGUCAUGAGGAGUACAGUCUGUACAGUAGCAUGAGUGAAGACGAGCUUAUUCAACUGGCCAUAGAACAGAGCCUGACAGAGGAUCCCUCGGGUCAGUCAGCUGCCCAGAGUCAUCAGAAAUCAGUCAUGACAGCCCCAGGAGAGCCACCUACGUUGACGCGUCCUUGCUCUCAUAAUCCACCACACCAGAUCAAUCCUUGGCACAGGUUGGCAGCCCAGACCGGAGGCCAAGCUCCAGGGUCAUCUUGGGGGGUCAGACGAAGGUACGACGGCAGCCUGUUCAUCACCCCCCAGCCUGUAGAGCUGGAUCCUGUAGUGGAAGCAAUCAAGGAAGGAGAUGAAAGUGCCCUGCUCAAUAUGAUGAAAUCAGGGAAGAACCUUUCCGAACCUAAUAAGGAUGGAUGGAUACCACUGCACGAAGCUGCCUACUACGGCCAAGUAGGCUGCCUGAAAGUGUUGCAAAGAGCAUACCCUGGAACCACUGAUCAGCGUACACUUCAGGAAGAGACAGCGCUGUACAUAGCAACAAGCAGGGGAAACCUGGACUGUCUACUUUCUUUGCUGCAAGCCGGGGCUGAACCUGAUAUUACAAACAAGUCCAGGGAGACUCCACUCUAUAAAGCCUGUGAACGCAAAAACAUCGAAGCUGUAAGGAUGCUGGUGCAGUACAAUGCCGAUGCAAACCACCGGUGCAAUCGGGGAUGGACUGCUCUCCAUGAGGCCGUUUCUCGGAAUGACAUAGAAAUAAUUGAUAUCCUGAUCAAAGGGGGAGCCAAGAUUGAAAGCAAGAACACCUAUGGGAUCACCUCUUUAUUUGUAGCUGCCGAGGGUGGGCAGUUAGAUGCUUUGCGAUACCUUGCCAAGUGUGGGGCUGAUAUCAACACCCAAGCCAGCGAUAGUGCCUCUGCUCUUUAUGAAGCCUGUAAAAAUGGACAUGAAAAGGUGGUGGAGUUUCUCUUGUCCCAAGGUGCAGAUGCUAACAAAACCAAUAAGGAUGGUUUAUUACCGCUUCAUAUAGCAUCCAAAAAAGGCAAUUAUGAGAUAGUCAAAAUGCUGCUCCCCGUGACCAGCCGCACUCGGGUCAAGCGCAGCGGCAUCAGUCCACUCCAUCUUGCGGCUGAGCGCAACAACAACGACAUCUUGGAAGAGCUAAUCGAGGCCGGCUAUGAUGUGAACACCACCCUCUCCUUUGAGAGAGCCCGGCUCUACGAGGACAGGCGCAGCACCGUCCUCUACUUCGCCGUCAUUAACAAUAACAUCUACGCCACAGAGCUGCUGCUGCAAGCCGGCGCCAACCCCAACAUCGAUCUUAUCAACCCCCUGCUAAUCUCCAUUCGCCACGGUUGCCUGAAAACCAUGAAGCUGCUUUUAGACCAUGGGGCGAAUAUUGAUGCGUACAUUUCUAGCCAUCCCACUACUUUCCCAGCCACCAUCAUGUUUUCAAUGAAGUACCUCAGUCUCCUCAAAUUUCUAAUGGAUCUGGGCUGUGACGCCGACUCCUGUUUUAAGUGUCAGUAUGGAAAUGGCCCACAUCCUGUGCUGGAUCAUAGAAGGGACAGAUUAGAUGAUACCCCGGUGAACAAACAGCCAAACAUAGUACAGUUUUGUGAUAUGGUGUCUGCUCCGGAGAUGAAUCGCUGGGCCGGGCCUAUUAUCGAUGUUCUCCUGGAUUAUGUGGGCAAUGUGCAGCUCUGUGCCCGGCUAAAGGAGCACAUAGACAGCUACGAGGACUGGGCAGUUGUUAAAGAGAAAGCAGAGCCCCCCAGGCCUCUCGCUCACCUUUGCCGGAUCAAGGUUCGAAACGUGAUUGGGAGAAACCGCAUUACACUGAUUGACACUUUGCCUCUGCCGGGCAGACUGAUUCGAUACCUACAGUAUGAUUAUUCACAGUGACCUCGUGCAAACCUGGUGAUCAGCAGCUUCCUUGUGCAACAACCCAAUUCAUUAGAGAGGAGAAUAUUCACAUGAUCAUGUUGAACAAACUGCAUGAUGGGAAUGAACCUGUGUCAAAUGUCACACAGGAUCACCCCAUAGCUAAUCGGUGUGCAUUACAAUGCUGGAAAGGGAGAGAGAAGAAACAGAGAGUGAAAGACACAGAGUGACACAGACAGGACAGACUAUCCUUUGAUUUUUUUUUCCAAAAGAAAACAAGUGCUUUGGAAUGUUACACACCUCAGAGAUCUGUAGGGAAGGGGACAGGAACGCCAGCACUGAAAAACUAGCGGAGUCAAAGCCACGUGACAUUGCGGGAUUCAAAAAGGACCUGAGGGUCUUUCAGAAGUUAGAGUUCUUCAGUGCUCAGGAGUCAGUAACUGUCAAGAAUCUGCAUAUCUGGGGAAACAAUCACAUUUCCCUGAAUGUUAUUUUGUUUUCUGUCAUGUUAAACUGAGCGGUUUGCUGGUUGCUAAUUCUCUGGUACCUUGACAUUAUCUCUCUCACCUAUUUAUUUUUUGUUUCCUUGGCCUUUUCACUUGAUUUCCAAGCGUUCAAAACUCAGAGCUUUUGAGAAGAUUUUUUCUCCCCAAUAAAGACAUUUUGUAAAUAUUGGUGCAAACCAAGAAGACUUGACUCAUCCUAAACUCCUGUUAAAGUCAGUGGACAUUUUAUUUGAGUAAAAAUACCAGGACUGAAGGAUUUAGCUCACAGUAAAUACUGUUUGUGGUAUAUUAAAUGUGCAUAAGAAGUAGACAGGGCUCUGGUGUAAGUGAAUUUCUGCAGUGAAGAUCCAAAAGCAAUUCUGAACUCCUUUUAACUGGUGUAAAUCCAAAAUAGCACCACAGAAGUCAAUGGAUUUUGUCCACCAUAAAAUUGCUGUGAGAGCAGAAUCAGGCCCUGAAAUUCAGGUAACAGAUUUUAGUGAAGCCAAGACACUGAGCUACUGUUACUUGUAGAAGAGUCAGAUUAUUUCAAAAUUAUAAACACUGGCACUAAGAUUUUCAAAAAUUAGGCUCCUAUGUCCUUAUUUAUGCAUUUAAAUAGUGCCAGAUUAUGAUACACUUACACUGAACAUUUAUUUAUGCCACAAGUAAUUUCAUUGAAGUCAGUGAGGGGACUUGUGCAGUAAGGUGCUACUCAAGGAAAAUUACAGUAUCAUAAUUUGUCCCUAAGUGGCCUGAAUUUCAAAAGUGCUGAGUACCUGGAAGCUCCCACUGAUAUCAAUGGAAGCUGCUAGAUUUCAGCCCCUUUGAAAAUCAAAUCACUUAUUUGGCACCUAUAUAAGGAUUUACAUUAGACCCCUAUCUUUGCCAAUCUGGGGGGAGGGAUAGCUCAGUGGUUUGAGCAUUGGCCUACUAAAUCCAGGGUUAUGAGUUCAGUCCUUGAGGGGGCUACUUGGGGAUCUGGGGCAACAUCAGUACUUGGUCCUGCUAGUGAAGACAGGGGGCUAGACUCAAUGACCUUUCAAGGUCCCUUCCCAUUCUAGGAGAUGGGAUAUCUCCAUUUAUUUCUAAUCUUGGCCUAGAAAUACACAGGCUCUUCACCCUCUUAUUGUAAACACAAAAGGAGUUUUGGGCUUCAGUCUGAUUUGGAUUCAUACCAGAGAUUAUCUGCACGUCCAACCAUACAUACAUUAGGUAUGGUUUUGUGUGUUGACCUGCCCACCAGAUACUGAUUCAGACAGAAAUCUAAGCAAAGCAGGAGAAAUACAGUUAUUCAUGACAAACGGGGCUGCAUUGCACAAAGGUUUCUUCUUGUAGACUUGUACCACAAAACUAUAAGCGAAUUGCACGCAUGCAUGUCUGCUUUUGCCCAAAGUUUGGGGUGAAAUUCCGCAAGCGCUGGAAGGUCUGGGAUGUAAGCAUCAGUAGCAACAACUGCAGCUAAUUGCACCUGUGUGUUGACUGUCCCCUUCCAAAAUGCAAUGGCAGUUGAGAAACCAACGCCGUUUCAAUUCAGAUUGAGCUGUGAUCCUCUAGCAGAGCUUUGAAGAAAGUGAUUAGUGCCUGGCCAGCUCCUCAGCUAGUGAAAAUGGGGAAAGCCCCACCCCUUGUCUUCAUUUACUCCCGCUGAUGUUCUGGCCCCUCAUUCUCAGGUCUAACAAUGAUGCUGACCAUUUUUCCUCCUCCGGUGGGUAUCUCCUGCUUUGGUGAACUACACUCCAGACACUCUGUCAGGGUUGAAAGGGAGAUGAAGGACAGAAGAGGUGCCAAACAGCAGGCUAUUUCCCAUUCCAAAAACAAUAAUGGGCCAGAUCCUGCAAGAUGCUGAGCAGCUCGAUAUAGCAACCUCAGAAGGAAAAUAAUUCAGAACAGGCGCCUGCUCUGCAGCUAGUAAAUGGGCACAGCACCCAUUACUCCAGUGGAGUAGCACCCAUUUAUACCAGCUCGGAUCCAGCCUUUGGGGUUUGCAAACCGUUUGCUGGAGGGAGCUCUGAAAAUCACCCCUGCUGUCUGGUAACUCAUUCCAGCAGCAUGGCGCUUCAGAGAAUUUGUACAUAAUUCUAAGAAAACAAUUUUUUACACCACUUGAAACUCCCCAAAUUUCCCCCUUUCAAUAAUGCAUCAUAAUUUGCCAAAAAACAAACAUACAAUAAUUAGAAAAAGACCCAAGCUGGGAGCCCUCCUUGUGAGCCCAGGCAUAUUACCGCUGGCCUGAAAGGAAGCCCUAGGGCUGCUCAGACACAGCCUUGCUUUUGAAUAUCCUAGAUGAACAGAUGCAUGGCCUGUCCAUACAGCCCUGACUUAUGCUGGGGAACACUUACUUCACUGAAGAGACUAAUGCCUGUGAAUAAAGUGCACACCCCAUGUGAAAGGAUUCCACAGGCCAGCUCCAGUAGUCCUAACAGUAGUGUGUGAACUAAGUAGCUUUUGAUAUACAGAAAAAUCACCUAAUUAGCUGGCAUAGCUCACACCUCUGUGGGUUGAGCGUGGAGGGCCUGGUUCUUGCUUACUUCCAUUAUUGUAAAUCAGGGGCAACUCCCCUGAAAUUAAACCAGUGUCACAGGCUAGAAUCAGACUGAGUUGCAAACAGAUAUUGAUACUGAAACCCGGCAUGGUGGAGAUGGUUUACCUAAAUAUCUAUUUGUUGUAUAAUCAGAUUAUCCGAGGCCACCUUUCUGAUGGAAUGAUUUGAACUCACAAACCGCGUACAUACAGUAGUGCUGGGAUUUCAGAAGCAAUCCAAAGCUGUGGAAUACUCUGGAGAGGAAACCUUUACAUAUGCAAAAUGAUCAUGGGAUGCAGGGUUGUUCUGUUUUGUUGAACCUGGAAAAACUGAAACUGGGUAUGGGUUGAGCAAAAGACGUAUUACUCCUUAAUUGGAUACCUACAGGCCUGAUUGUUCUAUCAUAUUUGUAUCGGUCAGGCGUACCGCCACUGAAAUCAAUAGAGCUACCCUGGUAUAAAAUUAGUACAAGCAAGAGCAGACUCAGGCCCAUACUGUGCACAUAAACUGAGGAGAGAUCACUCCAUUGAAGAUUUUACCUGGCACUCGCGAUAUCACUUUAUCCUUUCUGCUUGACCCUCACUGCCAGCCUUUCCACAGUUGAUUUACAUUUAUUUGCACUAAAACAGGGCAGGCUACCUCUCUCACACCUGAUGUCCUGAAUCUGUACAAACUCUCUUUUCAUUUAUAACAAUGAAUACAGCUGUAUAGAAGUCAUUGUGAAAUUGAAAAAAUACUUCGGAGCCAAGGCUUUGGAACCAGUUCAGUAGUUCCAAUAUGCAGUAAAAUGGUAUAUUUUUAUGCAUCAGGACAGACAUCUUCAGUGAUGAGAAGUGUUGUCAGCUUUUCCAGGAAUACUAAAUGGCCAGAAUACUGUACUUUUUUAUUGCAACAUGUGCAAUUCACUUUAUGUUCUUGUGCACUUUUUUGUACAAAAGCUUUUUCAAUUGUUUUAUUAUUUUUUGCCGUUAUUUAUAAAAUAUAGUGUGGGUUUAAUAUUUUA